CAAAAACCGGAUUUAACUUAAUUGUUUCAGAACAUAAACUUAAUCCCAUAAUAAAUUCUGGAUUUUAUGCAACACUUCUAUAAAUAUAAGAAAAUAAUCUAGUUUUAACACUCUUCAAUAUUAAGAUAUAAUAAAUAAAAUUGAAAAAAAGUAUAAAAACGUAAAGAAAUUCGAAAAUAAAUACAGUUUAACAACUUCUAAUAAACCUUAAAUAACAAAAAUGUUCAAAUACUUCCUUCUUGCUGCCUUGAUUGCCUGCGCUGCCGCUGGCAAUCCAGAGGAUGAACACGCCGAAGCUACUCUCUUGAAAUCUGAUGUUAGAGCUGAUGGUUUCGAUUCUGCUUUGGAAACCACCAACCACAUCCAUCAAGUUGCCUCCGGUGAUGAACAUGGCAACAUCCACGGUGAUUUCGAAUGGGUUUCUCCCGAAGGUGAACAUGUUGCUGUCAAAUAUGUUGCCGAUGAAAAUGGUUACCAACCCAUUAGUGAUGUUUUACCCACUCCCCAUCCCAUCCCUGCUGCCAUCUUGAAGGCUAUUGAAUACAUUCAUGCUCACCCCCCUAAGGAAGAAUACCAUCAUUAAGUUUUUGUUGAGAAAAAAAUGAACAGAACUUUGAUUAAACUGCCAAUAAAGAUAAUUUCAUAAAGUAUUCUAAAUGGUUUGCUUGA